GUCACUGAUCUCAUCUCUCCCGAGCAUUUUCACAACCGUGUUGGGGUUGACUUCUAACCGGAUGCAACUGAGUACCAGUGUUUUACAAAAAGCGACUGCCUAUCUAACCACAACCCAGUUGCCAACGCAACGGUUAGACUGGUAUCAGACUUACUGGCUUCUGACUACCCGAAACGACUGCCUGCGAUUUUUUUUCGACAGCCGGCCUAAAUGAAAUAGGUAAAUGAUUUGCCUUUGACUUUGAGCCGGGACCUACAGUUUAAAGUUCCAUCUGACUGAAUCACAGUCAUUGGUGUCCAAGAUAUAUGUGUAUUAAGAAAGUACCUACAUGCAAACUUAGAAAAGUUGCUUUGUUACUUGCUUGACCUGGAAUGGAACCCACGCACUGGUACUUGAGAGGUUGGUUGAUGACACACUAGGCCACUAGGGCGAUGAGUAAUGUGCAGGCAAUGUGUUGGGUGCGCAGUACGCGGCGGCGAUGGCGCUGCUGGUGGCGGGCGAGCUGGUGUUCGGCGCGUGGCUGGCGGCGCAGGUGGCGGCGUGGCUGCGCUCGCCCGCCGCGCAGCAGAUGGCGGAGGCGCUGGAGCUGGGCGACCACGUGCGGCCGCUGCUGCGCUACCUGGCGCGCUGGCACCCGCUGCCCGACCGCAUCGACGAGCUGCUGCAGGAGGCGCAGGAGGACGCGCCGCGCAACGCGUACGUGGCGCUGGCGCUGGGCGCGCUGCUGGCGCUGCUGCAGCCGCUGGCGGCGCUGUUGGCGCUGCUGGCGGCGCGGGCCCCCGCGAGUCGCGCGCGCUCCGCCUCGCUCGUGCCGCUGCAUCCGCGCCCGCCCUCCUACGACAGUGCGGGCUACGACUACCAGAAGAUGCCGCGGACCACCUACAGGAACGGGCGCAUCGUCGUGCUGAGCCCGUCGCGCGCCUGACGCACUGCCGCCGCGUGCUGCCCGGGGCGCCUGGCGCGGCGCAUCGGCGUCGGCGCGUGCGAGCCACAACUAACAAGCUCAAGAGACAUUACCAAUACUAACUAGAACUUGUGUUCAUUUGUUUUUAUAAUUGAUAAGUAUAAGAGUACUCGCAUACUGCAGAAUAAACCGACAGCUGGCCCGAUGCGAUGGUGAGAAAAAAAAUCGUGAAUUCAAUUCAAGGUUUCAGUCUGAUACCGGCCAAAUAGCUGAUCUCUGUUAUGUGUAAGUCGUGGUAGCCUAGUGGGUAAAGAACCAACCUCUCGAGUAUGAGGGUGUGGGUUCGAUUCCAGUUCAGGCAAGUACCAAUGCAACUAUUCUAAGUUGGUAUGUACCUACUUUCUAAGUAUAUCUUGGACACCAGUGGCUGAUAAAAAGGACCUGGACUUUAUAGUCUGAAAUCACGAACCCGCAUUCAGCAAGCGUGGUGAUUAAUGUUCAAUCCUUCUCCGUGUGAGAGGAGGCCUGUGCCCAGCUGUAGGACGAUAAAAAGGCUGUAACAGUAACAGUUAUGUGCUUAUUUGCCGACUGAAAGCCUGCAGUGUGCGGGUUCUCUAAAUAUAAUUUGUGGUCCAUCAUUUACUUUAAGAGUUAGGGAGUAGGUACCUAGGUAUCAUUUAUGUAAUUAGAUAAUCAUUAUUUUAAAUCCUUAAUUGUAAUGAAUGAUCAAUGUAACAUAAGUAGGUAUGUCUAGUCUUACUUAUUUAGGAUCAAUAAGUACCUAUUUUAUUUAAGUUUAAGUUAAGAACAUUAUACAACGUGUAACGUUAAAUGCCGAUCAGAAUCAGUUGAACCACUGUCUGACAUAGAAUAAAAUCUUUGGCUUAUGUUUAAACACCACCCAAAAAAGUACCUAUUUUACCACCAAAAAAAUUCUAAACGGUUACCAAAAUGGAUAAAUGGUCACCAAAUAACGUUUCCAAAAAUAUUAUUAGAUAAAACCAUUUUUUCUUAUUAUUGACUACAAAAAAAAAUUAUGGACGCCUUUAAAAUACACUUUAGACCAAAUAUUAUAUAUUGUCACUACUUAGAUGUUACCAAUUAUGUAAUACCAUGACUCCUAAUUUGGUCAUUUUUGUUAGACUAAAAAAGCUAACGAUCGCUAGAAUAUUUCCUAAAUACCAAUUAAUAUACUAGGGUUCCCAAACUUACGUCGCUUAUUUAUUGUUAUAUGAAUUUGUGUGUAACUCAGUGCGUUUAAAAUGUAAGCACGCAACAUGCAGCAAGCAUGGCUUCUGUCACGGCUCCGGCGCUGCGGGGCUCCGGCGGUCCCAUGCGAGCUUAUCGUCGCAGAUGGUUUUCAUGCUCACCACCGCAGCUUCGGCUUGCUGGCCGGCUCCGCCGGCCAGCCUCAGCCGCGGCGGCGAGCGCUGCAACUACCUGCGCCUCAGCUCGCAUGGGACCGCCUCGCCCCUCCGCGCCUACGCGGUUUUGAAUUGCACUCUAGGGGUAGGGCAGACAAGACUACGUGGAGUCGGUUUUGCAGCGAUUCGUUUUCGUCACUAACUUUGAUUUUUGGUAGUAAUAUUAAUCUUUUAGUUGGAUAGAAUUUGGUGACCAUUAAUCCAUUUUGGAAACCAAAAAUAAUAUGUGUGCGAGAUUUGCGAUUUUUCUGAUGUUAUUUUAUUUUUUUUGGAUCAUAAUAUUAUAUACUUUAGUGCCCUUUUAAUAAAGUCAAUUUAUUUUUUUUGGA